AUGGAAACCCACCUCAGGCACGCCAGCUGGAAUGGGUCCCAGGCGAUGGCCGCGUGGAGCAACUUCACCUCCGCCCUCUCGCCUGAGCUCGUCGGCCUCAACGGCUCACACACACAUUUCUGGGUACUGCGCAACAGCUCCACCAGCGCCACCCAGAUCCCAGCACCGGCCCGAAUGCGGGACAUUGCCUUGGCACGGGCCGAGAUCGGCGUGCUGAGCCUGGUCCUGGCGCUCACCGCACUGGGCAAUGGCUUUGUGCUGUGGGUUCUGCUUCGCAGGCGCAAGCACAACGCCCCCAUGCACUUGUUCAUGGUCAACCUGUGUGUGGCAGACCUGGUGGUGGCCUUCUUCCAGGUCCUCCCGCAGCUGGUAUGGGACAUCACAGAGACGUUCCAGGGGCCGGAUGCACUCUGCCGCACGGUGAAGUACAUGCAGAUCGUGGGCAUGUUCGCAUCCUCCUACAUGAUCGUGGCCAUGACAGUGGACCGGCAUUACGCCAUCUGCUGCCCUCUACGGGCGUACAAGGGGGGGGCAGUCUCAUGCUGGAACACACCCAUCAUGGUGGCUUGGGGUCUGUCCCUUGUCCUUAGCGUACCGCAGGUGUUUAUUUUUUCCAGGUCUGAAGUGGCCCCGGGGGUGUUCGAGUGCUGGGGCCACUUUGCGGAGGACUGGGGUCUGAAGGCCUACGUCACCUGGAUGACUCUGGCUGUCUUUUUGCUCCCUGCCUUCAUCGUCACUGUCUGCCAGGUGCGAAUAUUCAGGGAGCUCCACGACAACAUCUACCUGAAGUCGGAGCGCGUGGUGUCAGCUGACGUGAAAAAGAACCUGGUCCUCUUCCACUUUCCCAGCCUGAGAAAGCAGGAUGGCAAAGCGAGAGAGCGAGGGAGAGGAAGGUGCUUGCCGAGGGAAGCCAGAGAAGAAUUCCAUGAAAGGAAUAGUAACAGCAGUCCUUCCCCCAUGCACUGUAAGAUCUACAACUCCCAGCAUGCACCGCAGCCAGACUGCUAUGGCUUUGUCCCUCAGGACAACCAGCAUGCCUCAGUCACUCGCUCCUGCAGCUGUCAGUCUCUGGAUGUGCUGUCUCACACUCGCCCAUACAGUCGCACGCAUGCUCACAUGGAACAGAGCACCUCGGCACCUCAUCAAAACUGCUUUCUGAACCAGGGUCCUCGUGAACAGACUGGUGUUUGUAGCCCCUCUUCAUCGCCUCACUCUGAGACGUUCACUAGCUCAUUCACACCCCAGGCAGAGGCCUCUGCUCCAGGCCCCCACCCUUCUUCUGCCUCUCCUCACCCCAUCACACCAUCUCCGUCGGGUGUAUCCAGAGCAAUGUCCAAAACAGUGAGGAUGACUCUGGUCAUAGUGCUGGUGUAUAUCACGUGCUGGUCGCCCUUCUUCAUAGUACAACUCUGGGCUGCUUGGGACCCCAACCCACCAUCCCAAGGAGUGGCUUUCACCAUACUGAUGCUUCUGGCCAGUCUGAACUCAUGCACAAACCCAUGGAUCUACACAGCCUUCUCCAGCAGCGUGUCCCGCGAGCUGCUCACCCUGCUACACUGCCCUACGCGCCCCUCACGUAGGGGCUCCGCCCAUGAAGACUCGAGCGGCAUCCACACCUCCACCACCACGAAGGACAACCCGUACUGA